AUGUAUUGGCCUACCAUGCUAAAGGAUUGUAUAGAAUUUGAUAAAGGCUGUCAAGAAUGUCAAAUACAUGCAGGAAUCCAACAUGCUCCUGCAAUCUUACCUGUCGAAAUCUACUUGCAAUCAGUACGGAUACAAAAGCAAGGAGAAAUCCCAUAUAACCUAUACUGGGAGAUGAUGAUGAAUGAGUUGACAGAAUUAGACGAAGAAAGGUUGCGCGCGUUAGAAGUCUUGAGGAGGCAGGAGGAGAGAAUAGCAAGAUCAUAUAACAAAAAGGUCAAAGGUAAAACUUUUAUUAUAAAUGAUUUAGUUUGGAAAGUUAUAUUACCUAUGGAUAAAAAGAAUAAGGCUUUGGGAAAAUGGUCUCCAUAUUGGGAAGGACCUUUUCGAAUUCUAAAAGCAUUUUCAAAUAAUGCUUAUGAGAUAGAAGAACUAGCAGAGGAUCGAAGGAACCUAAAAGUAAAUGGGAAGUAUUUAAAGAAAUAUAAGCCAUUUAUGCAUGAGGUUAAGAUUGCAACAACGUAG